UGUGCGCCCUUGGAGGGAAAGUGGAAGCGAAGGAACCGACACAAACUCUGCACUCCGACUUCACAUUUUUCAGUUAAACCCUUCGGGGGUUUCCCUUUACCCCCUUAUGCAUAGCUAAACUCAGCUCUGAUCUUCAAUCCCACAUCCAAUCGGUGGAAGAUGCCAAAGGAAAAUGGUUACGCCCCCAGCAAAGUUAUCACGGAGGAGCAGAGGGCUCGCAUUUCACAGAACUUCAGAGCUGCGAAGGCCCUCCUUUCUCGCAAACGGCCCCGUGAUUCCCCCUCUACUUCCCCUCUAUUUCCUCUCAAGGAUGCGAAGUGUACCGCAUCGCCAUCGCCAGAUCAGGUUACUAGCAUCAAAAGAGUUCCUCUAGUAGAGAUGCAAAUGAACACGCCAUCCCCGAUUCGUGCUAAUGGAAUUGAAUCAACCGGUAGUAAAGUUAGGAGUGAUUUAUGUUCCAGUAUGGCAGGAUUUGUUCCUAGGAAUGGGUUAAUUAAUAAUAUUUCCAGUUCAAGGGCAAUGAGCAUUUCUCUAGGGGACAAAUGUUCCUUGGAUUGUUUUACAACUCCUAUAAAAUAUCCAGAAUGCUUGUGUUUAAGUGAUUAUUUAUCAAAGCCCAGCAUUCUAGAUGAUGAUUUUGAUGAAUCCAUUUUGAAUGAGAUUGAUGCUAUAUGUGAGCAGAAUUCUGCUGCAAAAGUUGAAAUCCAGAGCUCCAAUAGCAGUCUUCUUGAGGAAAAUAAAUACAAAGAGGAAAAUAUUGGUUGUAAUUUUGCUAGUUCAGUGUCAGUUUCUGCAGAUGAUGAUAUGAGAACACGAGUUGCUUUUGAAUCCAGUGGUGAUUUGGUAUCAAGAAAGGAGGAAAAGGAUACUUCCCAGCUAAUUGAGCAUGGAAAUAUGCCAGAAGAAUACUCGAAGUACUUGCAGUCUUUGAACAAUAGGCAACGAGAAGCAGCAUGCAGUGAUAUUUCCGUCCCAUUGAUGAUUGUUGCUGGUCCAGGAAGUGGAAAGACUUCCACAAUGGUUGGGCGAGUUCUGAUGCUUCUCAGUGAGGGAAUUAGUCCGACAAACAUCCUAGCAAUGACUUUCACCACUGCUGCAGCUUCUGAGAUGCGAGAUCGGAUUGGAGCAGUGGCUGGAAAAGCAAUAGCUAAAGAACUUAUGAUCAGCACCUUCCAUUCAUUUUCUUUGCAACUUUGUCGUUCAUAUGCAGAGAAGUUAGGACGCACCCCAGAAUUCUUAAUCUAUGGGCAGGGACACCAGAGAAGAGCAAUCAUUGAGGCUAUGCGUCUAUUAGAAAAGCAAAAGACUGCGAUACAAAAUAUUGACGAAGCUUCUAAUGGUAUAACGUCUCCAGAACAUUUCAAGGAUAAGUCAAAGAAAUGGCAAAGGUUUGUGACUAAGGCUAAAGCUUCAGGAAAGACACCUGCAGAUUGCAAUAAAAUGGGUGAUGUGAUAGGAGCUUCAAUACUUGGGAACUACAAUGACAUUUUGCGAUCUUGCGAUGCCCUGGACUACCACGACUUAAUCAGCUGUUCUGUGAAGUUGCUCACUGAUUAUCCUGAUGUAUUUGAAGAGUGCCAGAAUUCAUGGAAAGCCAUUGUGAUAGAUGAGUUUCAGGACACAAGUGCCAUGCAAUACAAUCUUCUACGGCUUCUUGCAUCCCACAGUCAAAUAACUAUUGUUGGUGACGAUGAUCAGUCCAUUUUCAGUUUCAAUGGAGCUGACAUUUCAGGGUUUAAUUCAUUUCGUCUAGAUUUUCCAAAUUAUAAAGAGAUUAGGCUCAACAAAAACUAUCGAUCCACUCGCCAUAUUGUUGAAGCUGCAUCUUUUCUUAUUCAAAAUAAUAUGAAGCGAUGCCAGUUCAAAGAAGUCGUUACUGAUAAUUCUUCCGGAUCUAAGAUAAUCAUCAAGGAAUGUCAUAAUGAGCAUGCACAGUGUUCAUUUGUUGUUGAUAAGACCUUGGAAAUUGCAUCCAAUGGAUCACCUGAUAAACCUUCUUAUGGAAGCAUUGCCGUUCUUUAUCGGAGGCAGGCGUCGGGAAAAGCCUUCCAAGUAGCAUUUCGUGACAGAAAAAUACCAUUUAAUGUUCAUGGUGUGGCUUUCUACAGGAAAAAGGUAGUUAAAGCCAUUAUUGCUAUGCUUAGAACAACGCUGCCAGGAUGUGAUGAUGGCCCAUAUCGUCAAGUUUUCAAGGCUAUGCUUCCAUUUGAGAAGGAUGAAAAGAAGAGAGUUAUUGACCACAUCGACAAAAUCUUAACCAUUAGAAAAUGCAGCUUCAUAUCUGUUGCCAAUGACGUCUUUAGCGCAAAGCUCUCUGGUACCUUUAACAGGAGUCAACUCAGCCAGGGACGCAAAGUGUUGUUGACUCUGGAGAUGAUAUCAAAGCUUGUUCAAAGGGAACAGUCAAUUUCAGCAGUCAUAACUUCAGUGGCCAAUAUGGUACCUCAGAAAUACCUUCUUGAGCAACGGGCAGUGGUUGAUGUUGAUGGAGGCAAAUUGUUGAAUGAAGAAAAUGACCUCAGAUCUGUGCUUCAGUACUUAUUGGAUGAUGUCUCUGAUUUUUUAUCAAUGCAAUGUGCUAAGAAAGGAGAAGCUGGAGAUGUGAAAGAAGAAGAGAAAGGUUGUCUUAGAUUACUCAAAGCUUUUAUUGACUACAUAACUGAGCGAGAGAAAGAAAAUUUUCGUUCCCGGAGACAUGAUAAUGAAAAUUCAGUUACCUUGACUACCAUCCAUCAGUCUAAAGGUUUGGAGUGGGACAUUGUUUUCAUUGUAAAGGUAAAUGAAUCUGAAAUUCCUUUAUUACAUGAAUCCAAUGGCACUACGAAGGAAAAUGGGACAUCAAUUGAAGAGGAAAGACGUCUGUUAUACGUGGCAAUGACUCGCGCUAGAAAGAAACUAUUCAUUCUGUAUGUCAUGAUGGAUUCAAAUUGGCAGAUGCUUCAACCAUCGCGUUUUCUCAAGGAGAUUCCAGAUCAUCUUCGGGAGAUUCAGGCUGAAGUAUGUCUACGAGAUUUACAAACAAAACCUCAAGAUAUUCCAAAACAACCUGUCAACAUUACCACUAAUCUACCAGGAGAAAAGAAUUCUUCUGAAGUUGACAUGGAGCCCAAUGAUUCCCUCAACAUUCAAAUCAAUAAUGCCUCCAAGGAAAUAACAGAGCCGGUAGAUGCAUGCAAUGGAAAUAUUUUCUUAAAAAGAUUCUCUGUGGAGGACAGAUCAGUUGUUUCUCACUUGUUCCACAAAUGGGCCAAGAAGCAAGCAUUUCAAAACCCUAAGAGGUUACUUGACAAGGUUGGCUUUGUUAUUGAUGAACGUCUAAGAAUCAAGAAAAGCAAGCACAAGGAUGUUUUGCAUGCUUUGAAACCUUGCUUAAGCAGUGAGGAAGCCUUCCAAUAUGCGGAAUAUGUGCUGAGAUGGGAGCAAAUUCCUGCAGAUGAACGUGCCCAUUUGAUGCGGGAGAAGCAGGAGUACUUUCAGAAAUUAAGGAUUGAGAAUUCGAUGAGUACAUCAGCGCCAACAGCUAAACAGAUUGGGUUUCUGCAGAAUUUGGGAUGCACUGUGGUCCCCAUAUCACGUCUCCAUGCCUCACGUUUGAUCGAGCAAUAUAAAUCAUUGUAACCAUGUAAACAUAGUUGGCAGUUCCGGUGGCUUUAUUAUCGGAAGCCUACUUGAGGGAUUCUAACGUCUCAAGGUUUGAGCCCAGUAUUUGAAUCCUUCAAUUCAAUGGACUGUAAAUAAUUAUGACAUGACCAUCUAAUGAAGUUUAGAGACUGUCAAUGAGGUGCAGUUCUGCAUUGAUUAUUUCCUAGCCAUUCUGUGCUCGCUGUGUAAAAGGUUUUACCAGAGUGCUUAUCGUACAGAUCAUGGCAAAUUUAACCAUAGGUGCUUGGGAAGGUUUUGGGUCUUCCCUUGUGCGGGUUUUGUUGUUUCUUUGGACUCGUACGUUGGAAAAAAGUAUGAUUGGGUUUUUGAGUAAA